AUGGCUUUAAACAAGUUAACCUUCAUUUCUUACUCUCUCCUUUCCCUACUGAUCAUCUUAACUUGGGAAAUUCAGUCUAUUGAUGCAAGGCCUUUGAAUUCGAAGAGUAAAAACGAACUCCGAAAUUUCCAAACACACACCAAAACCCACCAAAACAAGUUGGAGAACAAUGUAGGUCAUAUUAAUGACUUUCAUGGUAAGAGCACAACUGAAGCUUCAGCAAUUGUUGUGGCAUCUCUGCCUCCACCACAAGGUGGUCAGGUUGGUGGUGCAGCACAGCCACGACAUCCCACACACGGCGUAGAUGACUUCAGGCCCACAGCUCCAGGUCACAGCCCCGGCGUUGGACAUUCCAUUCAGAACUAG